UUCACCACAUUCCAAAGGCUGGCCUGGUGUGGUGUGUAUAUAGAUAAGGGCCUUCCUUGCUUCUUCCUUCCUUCCUUCAACCCCCUCCCUCUCUCUUCCUCUCUCGCUCUCGCUCGCUCUCGUGCUUUUGCUUCGAAGCUUGGGGAGAUGGGGAAUUGCCAGGCCAUAGAUGCGGCGGCGCUGGUGAUCCAGCACCCGGACGGGAGGCUGGAGAGGAUGUACUGGCCCGUGAUGGCGAGCGAGGUCAUGAAGACCAACCCCGGCCAUUACGUGUCCCUUAUCAUCCCGUUGCCCGCCCCCGGCGACGACGACAAGAAGGACGAGGGCGGCCGGCAAGACCCGCCGCCCAAGGCGGCGGUGCGCUUCACCCGCGUGAAGCUUCUCCGCCCGACCGAGACCCUCGCCCUCGGCCACGCCUACCGCCUCAUCACCACUCAAGAGGUGGUGAAGGUGCUGAAAGCGAAGAAAUAUGGCAAGAUGAAGCAGAGGCAACAGCAAUCAGGAGCAGCAGCUGAGAAAGCAAACGCUGCGGUGGCAAAAGACGAGAGCUCUGACACGGAGGCCAUCAACAAGGUUUCGAAACAUGGAAAGCAAAGGCCCAAAAUGGCGGCGGCGGGUGCUGCGGUGGGGAGAUCGAAAUCCUGGCGGCCCAACUUGCAGAGCAUAGACGAAUGUGGAAGCCGAUGAAUUCUUGAUGGUGCUUCAUCGAUUCUAGUUCAGUUUCAUGCGGAGCAAGCAGAAAAAAAGAGCCUAUAAUUUUCCAAAAUGGAGACGAGGCCUGCUGUUAUGAGUUAACACCUAUUGAAGCCAGGUCAAAGGAGAAUGAUCUCUCGGGACCAGUCGACUCCUGCUCUGGAGCUUCCUAUUUCUCUCGAGAAGACGAUCACGAUUUUCUUGUCACCAUGAAAACUUAGUUUGUAAAUUUAGGACAGCCGCGAAUGAUAGAGAAAUCAUAUGCCAAAUUGUAUCGAGCAGAAAAGGAAAAGUUGAAUCGUCCUAGCUUUUUUAUUGAAAUAAAGAAGUUGAAUGUAAUGGCCAGAGCAAAAAGCCUGAAAGUGAAAACAAAAGUCGGGUCCUUGCUGGAGCUGGGCCCAGGAUGGCAGACAGCUCAGAAGUGACGACGAAUGUGACGAAAGAUUUCGGGGAAACAGUGGUCUGAAUGAAUCGUUGCUCAGAUAUUUGAGUA